AUGGGGAGUGAGUAUUCUACGAAGGAGGGAAGAGGAUAAUUGAAGCUGUUUUUUAAUUGUUUUAGAAAUUUUAUUCACAACACUAUCCGUUUCUGUGUCUAAAAAAAAUAAAGGACUAAAACGAUUUCAUUAAUAAUAAUGGUUUAAGUCAAGUUCAUAGUCUUGUUAGUCUGUGCAUUGACACUGACCUAAGGUACGUCUCAUAUAUAUGUCAAGCUUUCGAAGCUGAGGGCACACUCUUGUCGAUGUCAUUAAAUGAGAUUAGCAACCUCAAUUUAGGGGAUGUUAAUUGUUAGAACACAUCUUAGCAAUAGUUUGUGUAAUUGGAAUAAAGUCUCGAGUCUUGGGCCGACAUCAUCGAUCACAAGGAUGACAUCUAAAAAGAUAUCAACACUUUGAAACAAAUGGAAGUGAUCUUACUAUAAGUCAAGAAAUAAACAUAAAAGAAGAGUAAAUUAGUUUAUCUUAUUUCUAGAGAUCGCUCCCUCACAAUUAAAAUAGAUUGAUUAGGUCUUGACAAAGAAAAUUAAGUCUUUGGUUCUCCCAUAAACAGCAAGCAAAAUUGGACAAGCUCAUUGUGAUGAAAUCGAAAGACAAUUAGAGAGAUUAAGUAGUGAUAAUGAGUCAGAAAGAAGUGAAUGUUGUGAUGCUCUUCUCAAAUUGGCCACCUUCCUCAUCAGACAAUUAUCCAGCAUUAAUUAAUAAUGCCAUUAAAACCCAGUCACUGUCAUUAAAAUCAAGGGACAAAUUAAAGAAUUGCAUAUCAUCCAAGGAGGAUGCGGAGGAGGACAAACCAUUGACAUCCCAAUGGGAGGAUCAGAUGAAAAAUGUGAUAAACCAGAAACCCCAACCAAACCCACAGAUCCUACUACUCCCGAAAAGCCAACUGACGACCCAGUCCCAGAUCCCGGAAAAGAAGAAGAAACCAUCGAUGAGGAAACUGUAACUGAAGAAGGUGAGACAACACCACCAGGACCAGAUGCUGAAGAAGAAGGUGAAGGAGAACCCACCCCAGAACCAGAUGCUGAAGAAGAAGGCGAGACAACUCCACCAGGACCUGAUGCUGAAGANCAAAUGAACCAGAAAAAAGUAAAUCAUCAUGAUUCGCUAAAUAUGUGUGUUGAAAUAUUUUAAAUUUGCAAAUCAAAUAUCCAUUAGGUAUAUACCUAAACAUUCUACAUAAGAAAGAAUAUGCUAUAUUUGUUUAAAAAGCUUGUCUGA